UUUGCAACUCUGUGCACGUCAGCGUACGAGACAUAAACAAAACUUCGCUCGAAUAGUUUUAACAAAAACUGGUGGAAAAAAUAUUUAGAAAAUCUAGAAAAGUGUUAAAAACAUGCGUAAGAGAUAUAAAAACUGUGUGCGUUAGUAAAAAGUAGAGAGUGUAACGUUUAAAAUGGAGAAAAACAAUGUAGUCAGCACCGGCGUGUCUUCGCUGCCCACACAAACAUCGGGAGCAGCGUCAACUACUACAGCAGUAACGGCGGCGACAGCAGCUGUAAUGGGCGGGAGCAGUGUCGCCGGCACCGGCAGCGUCUUCCAACAACAUCAGCAGCUAUUGGCGAAAAACACUAACAACAACAGUGCUAGCAGCAAUAACAACAAUAACAAUAGCAAUAAUACAAAUACAAAUAGCAGUACAACAACAACGGCUACAAGUAGUAGCAGCUUGGGCACAAAUACGGAAACAAUCGAGUGUGUAACGCUGAUAAGCGAUGAUUCGGACGUGGAGGAAAUGUCACCAAAACGUAAGGUACCCGCAAGUGCUGUUGGCAGUGGAACGCCGAAUAAAAUCAAAUACGAUGAUGAUUCCAAUGAUGCACAAGGUGGUGCUGCGGGCGAUGAACGACGCACCAGCAGACGAAAUAAACCAAAGGUUGAUUACUACAACAAACCGACCAGUGGCAAUACGGAUUCAGGUGACAAACCCAGUACGCCCUCCAGCUCAUCAGCAGCUGGUGGCGGCGAACGCCGUUCGGAGAGCAGUAAAACGCGCAAAUCGGAAACGGCACGUAGUCCGUUCCCCAAAGAGAUCACUGAUCCGCGUGAGGCAGCGGCAGCUGCCGCAGAAGCUUAUAAAGAAAUUUUGACUGGUCUAGAGGGUGCUGCUUUCCAGUCACGUCUACCUUUUGACAAGAUGACCUCCAAUGAAGCUGCCUGCUUUCCUGAUAUCACAAAAACUGGUUUAGUGGCGCAACGUGUUUUCCUCAAUAUACGCAAUCGGCUCUUACAAAUGUGGAUUGAGAAUCCAAAGCAACAGCUUAUUGUGGAAAAUGCCAUAAAGGAUAUGGAACAACCGUUUGAUAGUGAUCCAAAUUUAGUAAAGCGUAUACAUUCAUUUCUGGAGCGACAUGGUUUCAUAAAUUUCGGCAUAUUUAAACGUUUACGUCCCAUCCCCGCAAAGAAAUUGGGUAAAGUUAUUGUUAUCGGUGCAGGCAUCUCAGGGUUGGCAGCUGCACAGCAGCUACAACAAUUCGGUAUGGACGUAAUUGUAUUGGAGGCGCGUGAUCGCGUGGGUGGGCGCAUAGCCACUUUUCGUAAAAACAACUAUAUUGCCGAUUUGGGUGCUAUGGUUGUCACCGGCGUUUGGGGCAAUCCUAUGACUAUACUAAGUAAACAGAUUGGCAUGGAAAUGGUGCCCAUACGACAGGCGUGUCCAUUAUAUGGCGCAUGUGGCAAACCAGUGCCCAAACACAAGGACGACAUGGUUGAACGCGAAUUCAAUCGUCUGCUCGAGUCCGCCAGUUAUCUUUCACACCAACUGGACUUCAACUACGCCAACGACGAUCCCAUCUCAUUGGGACGCGCACUCGAAUGGAUUAUAAAGCUACAGGAGAAGUCAGUGAAAGAAAAACAAGUUCAACACUUGACAUUGCUGGCUGAGGCACAACGUGCCGUGCUAGAUAAUCAAACGCGCAUCGCGGAGCUAACCGCUAAAGUAAAGAACUACAAAGAAACGCAUGCAAAACUACUCAAAACGCGUACGCAACGUAGUGGUGAUGGCGAUACAGCAUGGAUUGAGCAUGAAUUUCAAAUACGUUCCACACAUUUUGAGUGGACCAAAGCGUGCAAAGAGUACGAAGAGCUGAAGAAAGAAGAAGAAACAUUGGAGGCCAAACUCAAAGAACUCGAAAGCAAUCCGCCUAGUGACGUCUAUCUCUCAGCGAAGGAUCGUCAAAUACUUGAUUGGCACUUUGCGAAUCUGGAGUUCGCCAAUGCCACGCCACUCAGCAAUCUCUCACUGAAGCAUUGGGAUCAAGACGAUGAUUUCGAAUUCAUCGGCAAUCACACGACCGUGCGCAAUGGCUACUCUUGUGUACCGAUUGCUUUGACGGAAGGUUUGGACAUACGCGUAAAUACCGCUGUGAAAACGAUUAAAUAUUUCCCCACUGGUGUGGAAAUCGUCACGGAAAACUUGAAGACAAACAACUCGUCGGUGACAUACAAAGCAGACAUUGCGCUCUGCACGCUUACCCUGGGUGUACUUAAAAUAGCCACCACAAAAGUGCAAUCUCAACAGGCGAACACGGUUAAAUUUGAGCCACCGCUACCCGACUGGAAGCAAUCGGCCAUACAGCGUUUGGGUUUUGGUAAUUUGAAUAAAGUUGUGCUUUGCUUUGAUCGCAUCUUCUGGGAUCCAAAUACCAAUCUCUUUGGACAUGUGGGCAGCACAACAGCUAGUCGCGGCGAACUCUUUCUAUUCUGGAGCAUCUCGCAAUCGCCAGUGCUACUCGCGCUAGUCGCUGGACAAUCGGCCGCCAUAAUGGAGAAUGUUUCAGAUGAUGUCAUCGUUGGUCGCUGCAUUGCUGUGCUCAAAGGCAUAUUCGGCAAUGGUUCAGUGCCACAACCCAAAGAGACUGUCGUCACACGUUGGCGUGCCGAUCCCUGGGCACGUGGCUCGUACAGUUUCGUUUCUGUAGGUUCUUCUGGUAGCGAUUAUGAUCUACUCGCUUCACCCGUUAUACCACCGCAUCCGACAAAUAGCAAUAUCAAUCAGGAGCAAGAUGAGCUGCCACGUUUGUUCUUUGCCGGCGAGCAUACCAUACGCAACUACCCCGCCACGGUGCAUGGUGCCUUCUUGAGUGGUUUACGUGAGGCUGGUCGUAUAGCCGACUACUAUCUGGGCUAUCCCGAGGGUACACCACCUGAUAUCGGUUAUUCGGUGGUGGAAGCGGCCAAUACCGCUUCGGUGGGCGAUAAUGUGGACAUUGUUGAUAUUGCACAUUCAACGGAUUCAUCCUCAAAGACUUCGGAAGAGAAAUCGAACACUGCCGAUUCGAACGAAUAGUGUGUAAUGGUGGAGUUUGAACGUUGUGUAUAUGUAUGUGUGUGUGUGUGUCUGCGUGCGUGCAUGUCUCUAAACUGCAUUCUUUUCGCAUUUCGCUUUUCUUUUCUGCUGACAGCUCAUUUGUCUUAUAAUUUUAGUUGUAAUUAUUUCAUGCUACCUUUUGUAUUUUAUUUUCUUAGCCACAGAAGCGCACACUAGGUUAUGUGCGGCUCAUAAAAUGGUUCGCAUCUUAAGCGUUCGAAUUGGACAACAUAUCAA